UGUGGGGAGAAAAGGAACGGUUAGUGGGAUGGGUUGCGGACGUCUGAUGCCGAGCCAGCCGCGGGGGACUCGGCAGCGCGCGAAAGCCGCGCGGGCCCCGCCCCGCCCCCCGCUCCGGCUCCGGCUCCGGCUCCAGACUCGCAGCCGGCGUGCUUCUCGUGCGCAGCGCUGCCGGCAAGUUACCACCGCUUCGGGAAACUUUCUGGAGAUUACCCACAAAAUGAGGAAACUGCGGAAUAAGCAGAUAGACCUUUCUGGAAAGGAGGAAUUUAAAGACUUCAGAAAUGUAGCAUUGGUUCCCAUGGAAACAUCAUCAUCAGAUGAUAGCUGUGAUAGUUUUGCUUCAGACAAUUUUACGAACAGUAAAGCUAAAUUCAGAACAGAGAUCCUGACAGAUGAACUGGCUCGGAUUUUUAAUGAGGACUCUGACGAUAAUGAAUCAUUUGAUGGCUUUUCUGAAAGCGACCUCAAAGAUGUAAUGGAAGCCAUGAUUGUUCAAUCUGAGUCUGAGGAGGAAAUGAGUGAUGAAGAUAUUGAAGAGAAUUCAAAAGUGCAGCACAAACAUUCUUUUCCAUUACGCGUGGCUUUUAGGUUUCCAUCUCGAAAAAACAAAAACGUGUCUGUGCCAGAUUCUACUGUCGACUUGAGUAAUCAAUCAGACUCUGAAUCCGAAUCUGACUCAGACCUUGAUGAACCCAGAGGAUCGAACUUUCUAGAAAAGAGAGCUCUAAACAUUAAAGAAAACAAAGCCAUGCUGGCUAAGCUGAUAGCAGAGUUGAAAACUGUGCCAGGGCUCAUUCCACGGAGAGUUUCUGUUCAAAGGACGCCAUCGAAACUAAAACGCCCACCAAGGAAUUCUUUUACAGAAAAUGUUUCUAGACAGAAUCCCGAGCGCAGUGCUCGACCUCGCACUCGGUCAAGAUCCUUGGUUGAUGGUCCUCCUUCUCCAUCAUUUGAGCAAGAAGAUAAUGUCAGCUUUAUGAGGAAAAGAAAGUUUCUAGAUAAUGACUUCUCUGAGGUGGAUGUACCUCUGCGUAGGCGAAGCCGUCCCAGUGUACUUGCCAUCCCACAUGUGGUGCGGCCAGUUGAGGACAUCACUCAGGAAGAGUUGGAAAACAUUUCUUUUUCAGCAAAAGAGAAAGUUUAUAAUCGAGCUACAGGUACAACUUGCCAUCAAUGCCGUCAGAAAACAAUUGAUACGAAAACAAACUGUCGCAACCCAGAAUGUGUAGGUGUCCGUGGACAGUUCUGUGGGCCGUGUCUUCGUAAUCGAUACGGCGAGCUCGUUAGGAAUGCCUUAUUAGAUCCAAACUGGCAAUGUCCUCCUUGCAGAGGAAUCUGCAAUUGCAGUUUCUGCCGACAGCGUGAAGGUCGCUGUGCUACAGGUGUUCUGGUUUACCUGGCCAAGUAUCAUGGAUAUGACAAUGUUCAUGCUUAUUUGAAAAGCCUGCAAAAGGAACUUCAAGUGGAAGACUGAAAAGAUGCACUGACACACAGUACAACACAUUGAAUGGUUUACAUUUAACUUUCAGAAUACACCAUUUUAAUUUUUGCUAAAUGAUAUGAGCAUUGAUUACACAAAGCUACAGUAAAAUACUUGCAUUGUUUUCUUUGCUAUCCUAAUCAAUUAGAUCUCAGAGGAGAGGGUGUUAACAAUUUUGCAUUUGAUUUUAAAGAUUUGUUGUCAACUUAAGUCUAUACUGCCAUUGACGUUUCAUAGAUACUAAUGUCAAAAUUAUUUGCACAAUGACCUGCAUAUUGCAGCAAGUAAAUCCCUCAUUCCGUGCAUUAAUACAGUUAGUCUGUUUUUAAACAUCCAGUUGCUCAAUUUUUUAAGUUUCAGAUAAUUUUGUAUUUCAGUUUUAGACUAAUUGCUUCAUAUUCUUAACCUGCAGCUGGCUAAAGUAACAGGGACGACGUUCACUUUUUAAAAAAAUCAUUUUUGAAAUAAAGCCAUAAGUAGUUCAUUUAAAAUGUUAUCAAUUAUUAGUCUAGCAAUUAACAAUAUACACAUACUUAGCUUUGCAGUGGUGCAGCUUCUAUUGAAUCGUGUUUUGGGGGGUGGGAAGGAAAGAGAAGUGGCAAGUGAAAAAACAUUUUUUUUGCAAUUGUGCCUUCUGCCUCCCCCAUUAUGCUUGCAUUGUGCGUGAAGGAUUUACAUCACAAAAUGCACUCUUGUUGAAGCCAUACAAAAUUUGAGAUAAUUUGCAUCUAAAAGGUACUUGAAUGUCUGGGAAGGAGGGAGAAAUACUGGUCUUUUGCAUUUUAAUGCUAUGUUUUCCCACUUGCACCAUGGUAUUACAUGGUCGCCUAAUUUUGGCUAUUUGCACUCAGAUGAAUUUAAGCAGGAAGACAUACAUCGGAUCUUAAGCAUGUUACCAGGUUGGCAAAAAUCAGGUUUUUUUUAUUUGCUAGUAUACAAGCACAGUAACAUUAUAAAAAUAUUUUUAUUAAAAUAUACCUUGACCAUCUCAGAUACUGCAACAUGUUAUAGUUGAUUGCCAAAUAAAGUUUUUUUACUUGUA